AUGACCGCAAGUUUCGCCACAGUGGCGGGCACUACCCAGUGCUUGGACUGCAUGCAGAACAACAUCAAGUCCGAAGACGCAGUCAAAGGACUAAGUGUGGCCAUCAAGUGCAAAUUAAGCAACGGGGAGUCCGAAACUAAAGCCACUGCUGCGGUCGAAGAAGAGGGAAGUUUCAACGUGCAGAUCCCGAGCAAGCUCAGGAGCGAGUGCUUCCCGCAACUCCAUGACGCCCUGGUCGUGCCUCGCCCCGGCGAGGACGGGCUGCGGCCGUCCAAGCUCGUGAUCAAGUCUAAAGAGGAGGGAAGGCAUACGUUCGUCGCAGCAUCGGGGAAACUCUCGUUCUCGUUGGCGACGCGUGCAUCGGCAUUCUCCUGGCCAUUGUUUGAGCACCCAGCAGAGUGGCAUCGUCUCCACAUGCACUUCCUCCCCUGGCGCAAGCCAUGGCACCGGUUUCCUCCCUACGCUUUGCCCCACAAGCCUUGCGUAUAA